ACCCAUGUUGCCUACAUCGCCUGUAACAACGAACUCGCACCAACACUUCGACAACCACUGGACAGCGCACGCUACAGAGAGCACGGCUCGUACCGUCUACUUUGAACCUACGACUGAGCGAACUUGACUGCACAGUCAACUGACUCGCCUAGCAACCGAUUUGAGCUGCGCAACCUGCUUACAGGGCUUCUCAUCAUGUCGAUUCCUAACCAGGCUCUGGAGAAGUUGAUGAGGGAGAUCGAGGGCCAGGCGAUUGCAGCUCAACAACAGAUUGGACAGGCGCGGUCGCAGACGGCCUCCAAGCAGCGUGAAAUGCGCAUGCUGCGUUUGACCUUGGACGAGGUAUCCGGGCUCCCGAGAGGGUCCAAGGUGUUCGAGGGAGUUGGCAAAAUGUUCGUUGCGCUACCUACGCCAAAGCUCACAGAGAAACUGGACACUCAGAUCAAAGAUAAGGAAAACGAGGUGGAAAAGCUUGGACAGAAACUGCAUUAUCUUGAGACGACUUUCAAGAACAGCCGACAAGCGAUUGAUCAGAUGCUCAAGUCCCAGGGUGCCUGAAGGGGGAGACGGAUGGGUUUUUGGGCACUGGAUCAACAUGGUUGCACAGCUUACCUUAUCCACCCACAACCCAACCCAUUUCAAAAGACAGCCCGGACGAGGACACAAGUGCACCGGCGUGAGACGCCUCGCCAGCCAUUCCUGUGAUCGGCGUCUUGCCCAUGUUCUUCGCUCAGAGAGGAUUCUGGUACCGGGUAUUGUCAAUAUUCUGCGUCCAUGACGUCUCUGUUGCGAUCCUAUAUGUUUGCCAGAGCUCACCUAGAUGGGUAGAUGUAGCCAUCGCUCCGGCUCUGAUACACAGCUUUUGCUCUCCAGUAUCGUGCGUUAAACAGAAUGCCAGUCCGGCCCAGGCAAUGUACUAUU